GAUGAGCGCACGUCUCAAAAUAUUACGGAUUCAGUGCUACAAUAAAAACGAUUAGUGAUUUAAAGAGUGUAUGUAAUGAGGAUUUAGUUUAAAAAAAUACAUAAACAUAUAAUUAAAGACUAAAAUGAAAAUUAAAUAAGUGCUUCUAAAAUAGUUUUAGUGAAUGAACCGAGAAAAAAAAAUGUUUUGGAGAUUUAAUGUUGUAACAAUAAUUAGCAUUCUUAUUUUUGCAAACCAGCCAGUAUGCUGUCAGCUAAGCGAAGGUGUCUCUGUGGUGCUGCACCAGACGAACAUCACGCGGCUCACAGCGCGAGCCCUACAUGCGGCCGGCUACCACUUGCAUAUUAUAGAGCAUUUAUCGAUAAUGGGCGCUCCUAAGCUAGAACACGUUGUUGUCGAAGACCUGAUAAGGAUGCCACGCCUUAAAUCAUUUUUCAUAACCCAAGCGCCGUUAUUACAUCGCGUUGCCCCACUCCCCGCCUUGCCGGAGCUACGCACAUUCAUGAUCACGACAUCAGGAUUGUUGGAGGUGCCGAACCUCAGCCAUGUUCACGAUAGCAGGAAGGCGAAUACGUCGCUCUCCUACCUGCAAGCCAUCGAUCUAGAAGGGAACCACAUAAAGACAAUACCGUCGCACGCGCUGCGAGUGCGCGCCGAUCAAGUUUCAUUGAACUACAACCUGAUCGAGGAAGUUCCGAAGCAUGCCUUCAAAAACGCGCAAAUUUCAAAACUGAGCUUCAAAGGGAACACUAAGCUGAAACGCUUGGAUGAGCAUGCGUUUGCGGGAAAUUUACUAUUACGACAGCUAGAUUUAAGCAACACAGCCAUUACCUCGCUACCCACUAAAGGUCUUGAGAAACUGCAAAUACUCAGAAUUGAAAGGACUCCAUCACUGAAAUACAUACCAUCGAUUUACGAAUUUCAGCAACUGGAGAAAGCGUACCUGACCCAUCACUUCCACUGCUGCGCGUUCAAGUUCCCGGAGAUACACAAUCCCGCCAGACACAAAUUAUACGAGACACAGAUGGCGAUGAUGAUGCAGAGAUGUGCCAGUAUACAAAAGUCGCAGGCUCGGAAGCGAAGGUCCUUGGAGCCGAUCCGACCCGUCACGGACGGAGCGCAGACUGUCACUGCAUUAGAAGAUGAUGAUGCAUCUACAAUGACUGCUAGCGAAGAAUAUGAAAACUUCGAAGAGUACUUCUCGGACUCUGGCAGUUUCGAAGAUGACGAUCAAGGAGAAUUCCACGACAUUGUCAAUGACACUGUCGUGUCGAUAUCUGCUGACUGUGGCAAUUUCAACACAAGAAACCGGAACGUGGAAUGCACUCCAGCAUCCGACGCCCUGAACCCGUGCGAGGACGUGAUGGGCUGGUCGUGGCUGCGGGCGAGCGUGUGGGUGGUGGUGGCGGCCGCGGUGGUGGGGAACGUGGCCGUGCUCCUCGUGCUCCUCACCAACCACACGGAGCUCACCGUCCCGCGGUUCCUCAUGUGCAACCUCGCCUUCUCCGAUCUCUGCACGGGACUGUACCUCCUCAUGCUGGCCGUCGUCGACUUGAGGUCCUACGGGGAGUUCUUCAACUACGCCUACAACUGGCAGUACGGCGUCGGCUGUAAGAUAGCCGGUUUCUUGUCAGUCUUCUCCGGGCAACUCUCGGUCAUUACCUUGACGAUCGUCACGUUGGAAAGGUGGUUCGCGAUCACGUACGCCAUUUAUUUGGAAAGAAGGAUUUCUUUGUCGACAGCAGCGAAAAUUAUGCUCGGAGGGUGGCUGUUCUCUUCGUUAAUGGCGGGGCUGCCGUUGCUCGGAGUCUCUGACUAUUCAUCGACUUCGAUUUGUUUGCCGGUCGAGAGUAAAGACAUAGGGGACGUGAUUUAUCAAGGAUCUUUGUUCCUGACCAACGCGUUGGCGUGGGUCACGAUUGUCGUGUGCUACGUCCAGAUCUACCGAUCGUUGGGCGGUGGGGGGGAGAAUUAUGGGGGGAGGCGAGCCGCUGCGGCUGCUGAGCGGCGGAUAGCCAACAAAAUGGCUCUGCUCAUAGGCACAGAUUUGCUUUGCUGGGCGCCCGUCGCCUUCUUCGGGGUCACAGCCCUGGCGGGAGUGCCACUGGUCGACGUCAGUCACGGGAAAGUUUUAUUAGUCUUCUUUUACCCGCUGAACGCUUGCGCCAAUCCGUUCUUGUACGCGAUCCUGACAAAGCAGUACCGGCGGGACUUCAUAACGCUGGUAGCGAGGACGGGUCAAUGUAACUGGUUGGUCGAGAAGUACAAGCUAUCGACGACCCCCCCUCCGACCGCGCACACCAACCCCUCGACGCCGGCACAGCUGAUGCCCCUGGUAGACCAGAAGAAUCAUUCGCAAGUCAGUAAAGAGUUUAGCGAUUUUAAAGCGUAAGCGAUAGUUUUGUAAGUGACAUUAUAAUAUAAGGACGUAUUUAUGACUACUCGAAGUUUUAUUGAACCUAAUUUAAAAA